CGCACCGCAAAUUUCAAACUGUAGUUGUUUUGACCUCAUUCAAGAGUGUGACACUGACUUAUCUUGUGCACUAUUCCCUCGACUUUCUAGACUAACAAUGGCGCUUUCGUCGGUAUCCCGGUGCCUUGUCCUCGUGUUGGUGAUGCUGGCAGUGGUGCCUCAAGCGUAUGCCCAGAAUUGUAAUACCACCCUGCUCGCUGCGGUCAAAGCCGAUCCCAGGCUUCAGCAGCUUGCCGCAGUUAUCGAGGCGGCCGGAUUGGCGGAUACAGUGGAGAGGCUUGUCAACGUCACCGUAAUUGCCCCAGAUAACAAUGCUUUCAAUGGUACCAAUGGAUUACUCUCUCUUCUUCGACAGAACAACCUCAACCUGACUGACGUUACUGCCCCAGGACAGAAUCGUGCUGCCAGCAUCCUGCUGUAUCACAUCAUUGCGGGUCCUGCUAGAGCCGCCGACCUCAAGAACAACCAGGUCUUGACCACCUUCCUCGGACCAAACUACACACUGCGAGUGAACAAGCAGACCGCUCCCACCCUCAUUGUCUCUUUCGUCGGAACUGGAAGCAACGCGACUGUCACCGCGGCCGACGUCCCAGUCUGCAGUUCCAUCGUGCACGUUGUCAACAAUGUGUUGCUGCCCGCUACCAAUUUGACAGCCAUUCCCGCCUACACCGCCCCUGGUGCUGCUCCAGGCUCUCCUCCCGGUUCCAUGGUUCCCACACCCCCGGGCUCCCAGGCUCCUUCCGGUUCCGGUGCUUCCUCGCUCAGUGUUGGGUCCAUGGCCUUCGCACUCUCUGUCGCCGUGGCUGCCGUCCUGAUGAACUAAGCUGCAUGGGCCUGUUCUGUUCGAUACCCAGCGUACACACAGUCUCUGAGUUUAACUGUUGUUUAGGAGUUCUAUCGGAGAGUAGUGUAGCUAGCAGUCCGACAUUGUGUCUAGAUUGAUGGGAUUGUAUCCUUUCUUUGUUUCUUUCUUUCGGUCUUGUUUUUGCAGAUUGGAUUAGGGGUCUAUGGUUCUGGUCUUCUCGACUCUGCCUGUCCGCAUGCUUGUACAAUGGCGGUUGCCACAUUUACCUUGUAAAUUUGACAUUCUUCCACGCUGUCACAACGGCACUUUUCCUCGCC